UGCUAUUAUACUCCGUAGAAUAAAGUACAAAGGACUUUGUAUAAAAUACUACAUUUUGAAGCUAUCAUCUUGUAUUUUUAACUUUUCUUUGCAUGUUGAAUCUCGAAACUCGGGGUUGAUUCUUGAAGUUGAUGGUGGUGUGCAAAACUUUUGAUCCCUGACUGUACUCCGUAUGGAGUAGCUUAUCCGGACAUCAAACCAACACAUUUGUCAUUUUUAUAGCUCCGAUUUCACCCCAUUGAGGGAAGUACAAAAAGGACAAGAUGGUCUCUAAUUCUAUCAACCCGAAGCGCUUUUUGCGAUCCCAGGACGGAGCCCUAAAAUCGAAAAGCGAGUUGUCCAUUUACUUUCCCAGGUAUGAGCAGAUAUUGAGCUUGACGCCUGCUAAGGUUGAAUACCUUUCUACCGAAUCCAAAGUCAAACUCAUUGACGACGUAACUCCAUCCGAAAUUGUGACACACCUUUCCUCCAAACCAGGAUCAUUGCACGAACAGGAAAGACUACUGUACAGAAACCCUAUUCUCCCUGGAAGAAGGAACACGCCGUUUAUCGACUUGCGCCAAGCCAAGCUCAUCGAGGAUCCCACGUUAUCCCCCACUGCGAGUACCCAAGCAAGGGACCCUCUACUUAAUGGAACAUAUUUCAAAGCUCACAGAAGGAUCGAACGAAAAGAGACGCAACUCCGUAACAUUGAAAAGGAGAGAGCUCAACAUGAAAAGAUACAAAUAGACCGUCUACUAAGCGCGUUACGUGGGGCAGAUUGGCUUCGAGUAAUGGGUGUUAGUGGUAUUGCUGAGUCGGAGAAACACCUUUACGAGCCGAAACGAACCUACUUUAUUAUGGAGUUGGCGGCAUUGCUGGAUAAAUUUAAAAUUUGGAAACAGAAGGAAAAGAGACGGAAGCUAAAACAGCAGCUUCUUUCGACAAAGGAAAACGAUGAUGGGCAUCCCGCAGACAACGUUCAAACAGCUAAUCCAGAUCAAUAUUGUCAUAAAGUGAACGAAUCCUCGAGAAAUGAGGGAAACGACCCGUCAGGGACCGAAGAUAUCGACGCCUGGGCUGCGCAUCAGCUUCAUCAGGAAGCAAUGUCAGCGUUACCCAUCGAUCACGUGAAGCCUGAUUUCAAGCUGAGCCGGCCAGACAAUGAGAUUUCGUUGGUGAGAUCUCAAAAUGCAACGAGUCUUACCUCAACCCUGUUACUAAACGGGAAGCCGAUUACGUUCGUUAACGACCACCAUCCUGUAAGGUUCGUCUCUCCUAGUCGCCCGAGGCCCGCGUUGAGUAAUGCAUUCGGUCAGCCCAUACCGGGGAUAUCGCGGAAAGUAUUUCAUCUGCCAAGAUGUAUUUUGACGGAAGAAGCUAUCAGGGAUUGCCUAAGGAGAAAGAGGAGGAGACGAAGGCGGGAGAGGCUGAGAGCGACUUAACACGCAAAAGCGAAAUUGUAGAUUUAAAUACCCCCGUGCUCCAUGGUUAAACUGCUACAGCAGUUGAACCCUGAUGACUAAGAGUCCUCCCAAGCUAAA